GUGUGUGUGUGUGUGUGAGAGAGAGAGAGAGAGUGUGUGUGUGUGAAUAAGUCAAUGAGUCUUUUUUCAGUCUUGAUCUGUUCACUAAAAGGGGAAACUCUGUCCUUUCAUUGCAGCUCCAAAUCUCUGCCGGUGACACAGAAAACUCUGCUGCACCAUCGUCUUUCUCUUCUUCCAAAUACCAUUAACUCCAUUGUUUUGGACCAUGAGAGGUUAUUAUGGGCUGGCUGUUCUGGUGGGCGUGGCCUCACUCUUGAUGACCAGCCAAUGUGACCCAAACUGUGCAGGAGUAGAUGGCAGUGCAGGAGUGGCAGGAGCCCCGGGCAGAGAUGGACUGCCUGGGGCGAAGGGAGAGAAAGGACAACCAGCUAAGAUGGCCGACGGUCCGGUAGAUCCAAGCGUCCUACUGAGGCUGAAGGGGGAGAUGGGGAAUCGGGGUUUGCAAGGGGUCAUGGGUCCUAAAGGUUUCUGUGGGGAUCUCGGAACAGCGGGUCACCCUGGACAACCAGGUCACCCCGGCCCUGAUGGGAAGAGCAUCGGACAUGGGCAGCACCCCUCUCAGCAGGCCCGUUCAGCCUUCUCAGUGAUGAGGACUGAUAACAGUUAUCCUCCCUAUGAUCAGAGAGUAACUUACCAGACAACUGUGGUCAACAAACCUGAAGAUUUUAAUGCAGCCACAGGUGAAUUUAUCUGCAGAGUACCUGGUGUUUAUUACUUCACCUUCCACUCUGUGGCCAAGGUCAGCAUGUGUCUGCGUAUAGUUACUGAUGCUAUGGAGAGGAAGGUGGGAUUCUGUGAUCACAACAGGAACAAUGAUCAGGUGCUGUCAGGUGGCGUGGUUUUACAGCUGGCAAAAGAUCAGAAGGUUUGGCUCGAGUCCUUUAUGGACCAGCAGACAUCUACUGAGAGAAACGACAUACGAGAAAAAAAGAUCAUCUUCAACGGCUUCCUCCUUUUCGCAAAUACAGAAUAAAGUUCUGUUGUAUGCUCACGUCAGCUGGCGUCAGUCAGCAUUUACAAACCUCUGAUUUCAGAUCAUAUUUCUCAAAGCUGUUUUUAGAAUGACAGUUGACCAUAACACACUCUCACCACACAGUGACAUUUGUUAAACUUUGACUGUAACUUGUUCACCAUAAUUGUUUCCUUCAUAUUAAUGCAUGUAAACCCUCUUUGAAGACUCUUUCUGUGAUUGCCACUAAAGCAAAAUUAAAGUGUAGUAUUCAAUGGAAUGAAUACUACAAUGCUUGAUGAGAUUAAAGAAAAGUUACAUAUAAUUUCACUACACAUUUUAGCCAACCAUUAACUUUGUGGUUUUUGUCUUCAUAGUUCAAGGCUGUUUCAAAACAUAACAAUGUGGGUUAAAACAGCACAGGGUGAGUUGUUUAAUCCAGGUAGUCCAGUUGGAGAAGUUUAUGAGUUUAAAGGUUUGUCAGACACCACAGAACUGCACGUUUCUAAUAGUUGCAGUAGAAGUGUCUGGCAUGGCACUAUAGGAUGUGCCAUGCAAUAUUAUAGCAUUACUGCACCAUGUUGUACUUGAGUGUUACCUCACUUUAUUGUGUAAGUGUAUAAUUAGAAUUGAUAUUUCCAGUAAGACUGUCAAUGACCUUGGUUUUGUCUUAACACUCAAACACUCUAAAUCUCUUUGAGAAUAAAAUACAUAUAUAAUAAAAGAUGCCUAAAAUGUUGUGAUAUGCAUCUGGAUCCAGAUCUGAAGAGUAGAUGAAAAGUUAUUUCAGGUCAGUCAAAAUGUUGACUUACUAGGUCAAAAUUAUGAGGUAAAAAGUCAAAAUUAUUAGGAUAAAAAUGUAUAAUUAUGAAAUUAAAAAAUGUCAAAAAUUUGACUCAA